AGUACAGAGCAGUACUGUAGUUUGGCUACGGGACAGCACAGAUUUCUGGACUUCCACAGCAACAUUCUCUUGCUAAGAGAGCAGUGGACUUGGACUCCUUUAUUUCUACCCACAGUGACCUGGGGAAGAGGCUGGAGCUGAAACUUUCUCUGGAGAAAACCUUUUCUCUGCUUUCUUUCAUUCCUGUUUGUUGAUUUUUUUAUUUCUUUUUCUACCAUGACAGCAGGAGCACAUCUGCUGAUACUGGGUCUCCACCUCACCCUGCUGGCAGGCCUGGUCCUCUCGCAGUGCCCUGUAGGAUUCAUGAGGCUUUCGAAUACGAAGUGUACAGACAUUGAUGAAUGCACGGCUCCUGUCUGCGGCCACCAUGCAGCGUGUUUCAACACCAACGGCAGCUAUUACUGCCAGUGUGAUCCUGGCUUCCGCACGAAGUCUCGCAAAGUCAAUUUCACUCUGGAGAUAUGUGAAGAUAUAAACGAGUGUACUGAGGACAGGGAGCUCUGUGGCCCUGGCGCAGAGUGCAAAAACACACUGGGAUCGUAUUUCUGCACCUGUCCAACCGGAUUCGUCCCCAGCAACGGGAAAGAAGUAUUUAUGGCUGGCCUAGGAGUCACAUGUGAAGGUCAGAAAUUCUCUCUCACCCUCUCUGUCAUCACUCUCCUCUUCACCCGCCGUCUGUCUCUUUCCACACGUGCAGACAGAAAUGAGUGUGAAGCAGGGCUCAGCAUCUGUGGCAGCCAUGCUACCUGCAUCAAUGCGAAGGGCAGCUACUCCUGCGUGUGUGACCCUGGGUUCAGACUCAGGUCAGGAGACACCAGCUUCACUGAGUCAGAGGGCUCAUGUGAAGAUGAGGAUGAGUGUGUGCGAGAUCCUCCAGUCUGUGGAAGGAACGGAACCUGCACAAACUCAUUUGGUACAUACACCUGCACCUGCCCACCUGGGUUCAAUAACUCCGGGCAUGGCCCCAUCCCUGCCCCCUGCUCAGAUGUAGAUGAGUGCUUGACUCACACAUCCAUCUGUGGAAUGGGUGGAGCCUGCCACAACACAGAGGGCGGCUAUCAGUGCCAGUGCCCGCCUGGACUCACUAACUACGGCAGCGACCGGGGAAAGUGUGUAGAGCUGACCUGCAAGCGAUUCACCCCUCCGAGCACACCUGAACAGACUGCAGCAGGCCUGGAGCAAAUCUUCCUGCUGAUGAGGAACAGCUGUCUGGUCCUGAGCAGCGGUGAUUCUCCCAGAGGAGGAGGGAAGCCCGAUGGAGAGAUGUUGCUGGAGAGACUGUUGUCCAUAAUAGAUGAUCUUCUCUCGGGCGGGCCGCUGGACAGUAACCAGAAAGUGACGCUGUUUCUGGGUGUGGUAGAGGAUGCCCUGGGACUCAUUGGGCCGCUGCUGAACAGUGCCCACACCAGGAAGGCCUCUGACCACACAGAGGUGGAGUUCCUGGUGGAGAGAGGGAGGUCAUCACCACAGGGAGAGAUCAGCCUGUCCCCCUCUCAACACGCCCACCUGGACACCCACUGGGAAACCGCUGCUGACAGCACCUACCCAGGGUUUGCAGUGGCUUCUCUGCUCAGCUUCAAAGGCCUGGAGUCGUCCACAAACAGCUCGUUCCAGGGGCUACGCAGAGACCGGGAUCAUGUCCGAUUUGUGAUGGACUCCAAAGUGGUGACCGCGAGCGUCAGCAACCAGCACACGAAACACCUGGAGAAGCCGGUCACAUUCACCUUCUCACACCUGCAGGAAGCCCCUGCGGACGGGAGCCACACCUGUGUGUACUGGGAUGCAGAGAUCCACGGAGGGGCGUGGUCAGAGGAGGGCUGCAAUGCCACGCAGUCCAACAGCACACACACCGUGUGCACCUGCACUCACCUGAGCAGCUUCGCCGUGCUCAUGGCUCUGUAUGACAUGAAGGACUCAUUCCAGCUGCAGCUGAUCACUUGGGUGGGCCUGUCCAUCUCGCUGGUCUGCCUACUCCUGUCAAUCAUCACCUUCUCCUGCGUCCGGUCCAUCCAGGGAACCCGCAACACCAUACACCUGCACCUGUGCAUCAGCCUCUUCCUCGCCAACCUCCUCUUCCUCGCCGGCAUAUCCAGCACAAAAAACAAGGUUGGCUGUGCAUGUGUUGCGGGUCUGCUGCACUUCCUGUUCCUGGCUGCGUUCUGCUGGAUGUGUCUGGAGGGGGUGCAGCUGUACCGCAUGGUGGUGCUGGUGUUCAACACCACGCUCCGUCCUCGCUACCUGAUGGCUGCCGGCUACGGACUCCCCGCUGUCAUCGUCGCCAUCUCCGCCAUCACCAACGCAAACGGAUACGGCACAGACAGGCACUGUUGGCUGAGUCUGGAAGGAGGGUUUAUCUGGAGUUUCUUCGGUCCUGUUUGCAUCAUCAUCAUUGUGAACUCCUUCUUCUUCAUGAUCACAGUGUGGAAGCUGGCAGAGAAGUUUAACAGCCUCAACCCAGAUCUCAGCACCCUGCGCAAAAUCAAGGCAUUCACCAUCACUGCUGUUGCACAGCUGUGUGUGCUGGGCAUUAUGUGGAUCUUUGGCUCCUUCCAGUUUGAGGAGAGCACCCUCCCCAUGUCCUACCUCUUCACCAUCUUCAACAGCCUGCAGGGGGCGCUGGUGUUCCUCAUGCACUGCCUGCUCUCCAAACAGGUGAGGGAGGAGUACGCCAUGUUUCUGUCAAGAAUUUGCACAUCACAGAAGAAGAAGUACCCAGAUUUCAGCAGCAACCGGUCCAGCAACUCCCAGGCAUCCAAGAGCGUUCAGCACACAAGGGAGUCGCAGAUCUGAGGGGCCCGUCACAUCCCAGCAUGCUUUGCACCGGACGCUUUGACCUCUCCUUAAUGACCCCAGCACCUUUUAAGGUCAUUACUUACAAGAUGGGAAUCUGAGCUGCAGCUUGUGUCCAAUGUUUUAUAUUAGCAAGCUCUGAAAGGCGGUGUGUUUCUAUUGGCAGAUGGGGCCAGGGAGAGCUGGGCUAUGGGUGGAUUCUGUAAAGGAGAGCAAUGCUAAUCUGUGCUUGAAAUGAGGAGGAUAAUGCUAGAACUGGUGUACUGGGUAACGCAAUGCAAUCCUAAAGUCAGGUCCCGGGGGGGGUUGGGGCGGCAUUUCAUCGCUGGGUGUGCUGCAGAAGCCUUGCAGGUGGCUGCUACCUCCGGUCACCUGGCUGUCCCUUCCUCAAGGUGUGACUCACCUGUGUGACUCCCCUCCUCUGCCGUCCUACAGCACCGCCUCCUGUUGUGGCGAUGUUUCCCACACUGGCCCUGCAUGUGAGGGACAGCAGCAAUCCGUGUGGAGACAUGCCCAACCCAACCUGCACACAGACACUGUCCGGCUGCACACAGACACUGUCCGGCUGCACACACUCACUGUCCGG